CUCAUGGACACGCGCCAAACAUUUUGGUGGAUCUUCUUGCCCAUCACUGCAAGUGUCGUUCCGUAAGCUAGUUGUCGCCUGCCACCACGCAUUGUACCAUCAACAUCACCGAUCUUUGCCUUUUAGACACCUCACGUACGUUUCUCUGCAAGUCGUUUAUUCUCCCACAUCAUCCACGGUCAUUACUCGAUAUCCACUCUUUCUUGGCCACUGAGGCCUCCGUGCGAAGAUGGCGCAGGACGAGAAGAAGCCGACCGCCGCAGAGAAGGGCAAGGGCAAGGCAGAUGAUGGUCCCAUGGCAAAUGGAGACAAGGACGCUCCUACAGACAAGCCUGAUGACAAAAAGGUCGAUGGCAAAGCAGAAGCUGCCGCUGAAGAAGAGCUGAGCGAGGAAGAUCAACAACUCAAGAGUGAAUUAGAGAUGCUUGUCGAACGAUUAAAAGAGGACGAUGCCAGCCUAUACAAACCUGCGAUGGACGCCAUCAAGAACUUCAUCAAGACCUCGACAUCAUCGAUGACUGCCGUACCAAAGCCUCUGAAAUACCUCCGACCUCACUACGAUGACCUUGCUGCUCUUUACGACAAAUGGCCUGCCGGUUCCGAUAGAGACUCGCUUGCCGACAUGCUUUCGGUGCUUGGAAUGACAUAUGGCGAUGAACAGAAGCUGGAAACACUGAAAUACCGGUUACUAUCAAAGUCCGAUGACCUGGGUUCUUGGGGUCAUGAGUACAUCCGGCAUUUGGCCUUGGAAAUCGGGCAAGAGUAUCAAAAUCGGCUCCUUGCAGGCUCAACCGAAGUUGGGGAUCUUACGGAACUUGCUCUGUCGCUGGUACCUUAUUUCUUGAAACACAACGCAGAAGCGGAUGCAGUCGAUCUCCUCAGCGAGCUGGAGAUGAUCGAAGAAUUACCGGGAUUCCUGGACGAGAAUACAUACUCCCGAGUAUGUCUUUAUAUGGUCAGCAUGGUCAACCUCCUCACAUACCCCGAUGACAUCGCUUUCCUCAAGACUGCGCACGAAAUCUACAUCAAAUACAACAAGCUGGCACAAGCAAUGGUGUUGGCGAUCAAACUCAACGACGAAGAACUUAUCCGGCACGAUCUAGAAUCGACAGAUGAUGUGGCUUUGAAGAAACAACUGGGCUUCUUGAUUGCCCGGCAACGGAUAUCCCUCGAUGUGCCUUCGGAGACGAAAGAUGAACAGGAGAUCGCCGAGUGCAUUGGAAACACCCAAUUGCCCAGCCAUUUCAAGACAUUGGCAAAAGAACUGAACAUUCUUGAGCCGAAGACUCCAGAAGACAUCUACAAGACACAUCUCGAGAGCGGUCGUGGUAGCUCUGCCGCUGCAGAUUCUGCGAAGCAUAACCUGGCAAGUGCUUUUGUUAACGCCUUUGUCAAUGCUGGGUUCGGCACGGACAAAUUGAUGUUGGUGGAAGGCGACCAACGACCCUGGGUAUGGAAGACCAAGGACGACGGCAUGCUCAGCACAACAGCUUCCUUGGGUAUGCUGAUGCAGUGGGACGUCGAAGGCAGUCUUGAUAAAAUCGACAGAUUUCAAAGUAUUUCGGAGGAUCCUGUCAAGGCUGGUGCUCUCCUGGCAUAUGGCGUGGUGAAUUCCGGUGUCAGAAUGGAAGGCGACCCUGUUGUGUCGCUGCUCAGUGACGACGAUGUACUCCAGAAUGGCAAUCCUUCUAUGAGAUUGGCUGCCAUCAUGGGUCUGGGCUUGUCUUAUGCUGGCUCAAACAGGGAAGACCUGCUGGAUUACCUGCUGCCUAUCGUUGAGGAUAACAACCUCGACAUGCAGUUGUCCGCCAUGGCGGCCGUAUCACUUGGUAUGGUCUUCGUCGGCUCGUCUAACCAUCAAGUAGCUGAAGCCAUUGCCACUCAACUGAUGGACGAAGAUCGUCAGAGACAGUUGAAGGAUAAAUGGGCAAGAUUCAUGGCUCUGGGAUUGGCUUUGCUCUAUUUCGGUCGACAAGAAGAAGUCGACGUUAUUCUGGACAUCUUGAAGGCUAUUGAUCACCCUAUGGCGACUCCAACUGCAACACUUGCUUCUGUUUGUGCUUGGGCGGGGACUGGAGCUGUGCUUAAGUUGCAAGAGCUUCUCCACAUCUGCAAUGAACAUAUCGAGGACAAGGAGGACACAGUCGGCGAGCAGCUUGUACAGUCUUAUGCCGUGCUUGGACUGUCACUAAUUGCCAUGGGUGAAGACGUUGGCCAGGAGAUGGUUCUUCGACAGUUCGGCCAUCUCAUGCACUACGGAGAGCCCAACAUCCGGAAAGCUGUGCCACUCGCCAUGGGCCUAAUCAGCCCCAGCAACCCUCAGAUGAAGAUCUAUGAUACUCUGUCGAGGUACAGUCACGACAACGACAACGAUGUCGCAAUCAAUGCCAUCUUUGCAAUGGGCUUGGUUGGAGCAGGAACGAACAACGCGCGUCUUGCACAGUUGCUGAGGCAGCUGGCGAGCUAUUACCACCGAGAUCAGAAUUCGUUAUUCAUGGUCCGAAUCGCUCAAGGUCUUGUGCACAUGGGCAAAGGUACCAUGUCUCUCAAUCCUUUCCAUACCGACCGACAGGUCUUGUCCAGAGUUGCUGCGGCAGGUCUUCUCACAGUGCUUGUCUCUCUUAUCGACUCAAAGCAAUUCAUCCUUGCGGAUGCUCACUACCUGCUCUACUUCCUGGUUACUGCCAUGUAUCCCAGAUUCCUGGUCACCUUGGAUGAAGACUUGAAGCCGCUUACAGUGAACGUCCGCGUCGGUCAAGCUGUCGAUGUUGUCGGUGCUGCUGGUCGGCCACGAACCAUUACUGGUUGGCAAACUCAGAGUACGCCUGUGCUACUGGCGUAUGGCGAGCGAGCAGAACUGGAAGACGAGGAGUAUAUUUCUUUGACUAGCACCUUGGAGGGACUGGUCAUCCUGCGCAAGAAUCCUGAAUGGGAGGGCACAAACAAAUGAUGAUACGCUCUGCAUCAACAUAACAUGGUCACAAUUAGCCUACACUGGGAUGAUGGAGGGAAGGCUGGUCAUUCAGCCUCUGUACUAGUAUCAUGGGUAAUCUAGAUUAGCCAGGGGAUCAAAGCUGGGUGCGGAUGGCACCUCAGUCUAGAAGUCAAGUCGGCCUUGCCAUCGUUGUCCAUGAUCGUAUUUUGUCUGGUGGCUGUCUAAGUACUCCGGGGAAGGACCAUGUCGGAGAAACUGAGGCAACUGCCGCCGACAAUUGUAUGGCAUCAUCGCUCUUCCGCAUUAGGUUCCAACUCCAAUUCCAUGUACACGUUGCA